AUGAUGAUGAUGAUGAUGAUGAUGAUGAUGAUGAUGAUGAUGAUGAUGAUGAUGAUGAUGAUGAUGAUGAUGAUGAUGAUGAUGAUGAUGAUGAUGAUGAUGAUGAUGAUGAUGAUGAUGAUGAUGAUGAUGAUGAUGAUGAUGAUGAUGAUGAUGAUGAUGAUGAUGAUGAUGAUGAUGAUGAUGAUGAUGAUGAUGAUGAUGAUGAUGAUGAUGAUGAUGAUGAUGAUGAUGAUGAUGAUGAUGAUGAUGAUGAUGAUGAUGAUGAUGAUGAUGAUGAUGAUGAUGAUGAUGAUGAUGAUGAUGAUGAUGAUGAUGAUGAUGAUGAUGAUGAUGAUGAUGAUGAUGAUGAUGAUGAUGAUGAUGAUGAUGAUGAUGAUGAUGAUGAUGAUGAUGAUGAUGAUGAUGAUGAUGAUGAUGAUGAUGAUGAUGAUGAUGAUGAUGAUGAUGAUGAUGAUGAUGAUGAUGAUGAUGAUGAUGAUGAUGAUGAUGAUGAUGAUAUUUAGUUGA